GCAACAAGCUUCUAGCAAUUAUGCUGGCCAAUAAAGUGGAGUCCAAAAUAGAGAACUAUCUGCGAGAGGCCCGUAAUCUCAUAGCUAGCGGCUCCUCUUCCUUGCCCCAGAGGUUCCAAGGCAGUCAACCGCAUAAGCUAGUGGGAGGCUUGUCUAUUAGCCUAGACAUCAAAAAGGCAUUCGACAGUUUACCACAUGAUUUCCUCAGAGAAUCGAUGCUGGAAGCUGGGUUUGAGCCACAGGAAAUCAAUCUAGUGAUGCACCUCCACGAACGCGCGUGCCUGCAGGUGGGCAGACCUGAUGAAUCGGCUGACAUAUUCCUAGGUACGGGAGUCCGACAGGGAUGCUCGCUCUCUCCACUACUCUGGGCCUUAAUAACGGGUAAGGUAUACCGCAUGUUCCAGGCAGAGUUGCGCAGCCUAUCUCUCCCAGAGGGUCUCAUCAAUAUCUUUGCCGACGAUUUCUUUGGUAGUUGGCUGGUUCAGGACUCCCUUGCCUUUGCAAAGGCCAUAAGAGCCAUUGGCGUACUAGUUGCCACCCUUCAAAAAGCAGGACUCCAGCUCAGUAUGGAGAAGACUGUCAUCCUGCUUGCAUUGGGAGGCACAAGUGCACCGUCUGUUCUAGCCAAGCACCGCAAGUACAUUGAGGAUGUGCCUCACUUAGUCAUUCCGGUUGGUCAGUCUAGGCUACCAUUCCAGAUUGUUACUACGCACCGUUACCUAGGAGCCAAGCUGGCCUAUAAGGGCUUUGAGCUCUUGAACCUUCGGCACAGACUGGAUGUUGCCUGGGGCAGCUUCUGGCGCCUGCACCACAUUUUCAAGUCCAGAGCACUAGGCUUAGGCACUAAGGUCCGGUUGUGGAAAGUUUGCGUCUUCUCUGUACUCAGAUACUCCCUCCACAGUGUAGGAUUACCAUCGCAGGGCCCUCUUCUUAUCCGCCAAGCAGUCAAUCGGCAGCUACGAAUGAUAGCCCGCUCCCCGGCUCAUCUGUGGCACAUUCCCUCAGCCGAGAUUCUCCAGCCGCCGCUCUUACUUGCCAGACCGGGCACUGCACCCUGGCUGGAGGUGUUAAGGUUAACCUUUCAGUACUCCUCCGCAGAUUCAGUCUCACCCGCCGAUAUCCACGAAAGCUCAUCGGCGCAGGACCUGGAAGUGGACAGGAAAAGCCUCUUCGUGUCGAUCCGAAUAAGUCCAGACACAGACGCCAGGAUGGACCUGGAAGGAGUCUCCCGGGACGAGCUUCUGGAAGCGGCUGCGGAGCUGCAGCACAUCCAAACCAUGGCAAUCCAGGGGCAAAACUUCUUUGGGCCAGCACAGGGUCUAUCGUCCGCAAUGCCGGCGCUCCCUCCGACAAACACCAUGGAGGUUCAAACCCCACCGAGACACUCCGAGGUUCGACAGCAGCCCCGGCCCAGCCAGUUUCCGUCACAGCCGAAGUACCCCAAAACCAACGGCAAGGGUACGGAUCAGGGCAAGGGCCAGCAACACGAGACAACGGAGAGCCAGCAGCCGAGCCAACGAGGACGAGCCAGGCCUCAGUUCCAGGGGCAGCAACACAAUGCCCAGCCAAGUCGCUCAGGCAACCCUCGCUCCAGGACUUCUGGAAGCGACAGCCUGGUGGAGCACAUGGCCCAGUUGCUCAUUCGACACGACAACUUUUGGAACGGGAUGCAGAUGUCAACAGGAUGGAUCAUGUUUCUAGGCACAGCACCGCCUCUCACGACACUACCACUCCUGCACCAGAUCGGCACCGAAUGGCACCGCAUGAAAGCCGAAGAACCGUCGAGCCUCCAGCAGCCGAUGAGGGUCAUCUUGUACCAAACAUGGGCCAACGAGAUGCGCAAGAGAGUCCACGAGCUGCAGACGGACCAAGAAAAGAUGCAGGAAGCAAUCCGCCGGGGAAUCAUCACAGAAACGAGCCACUUCAAGUUCGUCCAGUGGAACAAGGAAGCACAGGCACUACAGGAGGUGCCCAGCAUUGCCCCGUUGAGCAUCCAGGAGGUUCUCUCCCUCCUCGACGAGUCCAUAGUGCUGAGCAUUGUGGACGGAGUUCUCAUCAAUUUCCACCCGACCAGGACGCUGGCGGAGAACAUGACUGGCCCGACAGUCACGUUCAGCUUGACAGUGGGUCUGCGAGAGCCGAAGGCGUUUCGAUUCUGGUCAAUCAUGGAGGCCCUGUCAGGCAACGCCUCGCUUCAGCUGGUGGCGACUACCCUUCGCAGGGAACGACGCCAGAGAUCGGCGCUAGCUCAGACCAUCGCGCAGGAGCUGAGACGCCGGCGACUCUUCAGCACAUAUGCAAACUUGCUCUAG